CAGAACCUGCGUUUGCUGGUGAAUGACACCAACUUGGGCAAGGCCGGCAUAGGGCUUUAUCCGAGAUCCUCUGCCAUGGUUCCCCAACCCCGUGCCACUCCCUCCUCUGUCCGGGCUGAUGCUAGCAAGGGAAAGCAGAUCGUUGGUGAGGAUCAUGGCCAAAAGAGGCCCAAGGCUGAACCUGCUGGGGAUGAACGCCCCCCCAAGAAGUCUCGCCACGGGGAAGGGUCCUCCAAGGCCGUGGUGGUCCUUGAUGGGUCUGAUAAUGAGGCUGCCUCUCCUCCUAAGCCGCCCCCAAACCCCUGCCGGGCCAGGGCUCGAGCGAUCCUACUCCGUCCGGUUCUGAGGAUUCGUUUUCUGAUAUCAUUGAGUUCUCCGUGUUGGGCCCCCGUGCGGAGUCAAAGAGGUUGUUCGGGCAGACGACCUCUUCGAUUUGGUGUUCCCUGGGGUUGAAACUCCCUCGGGAUUUCGCUGCUCGUGACAACGCGGUGGACCUUCAUGAGUGCGGCCUUAGCACGCUCAACAAGGCCGCCAUCUAUUUAUGCAAGGCGCUGUUUGCUUAUGAAGCUCAGGAGCGUGCUUCCGCCCAGGUGCGUUGUGAAGCCGAUGAUCUGGUGAAGAAGGCCAAGGAGCGCCUGCACCAGAUGCAGCAGGAUUUGAACGCUGCCCUGGGGCUUGCUAGGGGAAGCACGUCACUUCAGGAGACGGUGAGGAAACAAGUCGAGGAGCUGCAGCUGCUUCGUGACAAGGUGGCUGCCGUGGAGAAGUCCGACGUGCAGCUUCGCCAGGUUGGUACGGAUGGGGUCGUUCCUGUUUUUGAGGCUGAUGUUUCCAAGAUCAAGGAGGCUGGCUCUAUUGAG